AUGGCGAGCGAUCUCCUGCUGCGUGCCGCGCAACGCGGCGACAUUGAAGAGGCAGCACUGCUGCUAGAGAGCGGCCACGCACAGCCGAAUGUCGUAAUGCCACCUUCCGACACCACUCCUCUACAUGCUGCAUCCCGGGCUGGCAAUCUGAACAUGGUCAACCUUCUGCUCGAAGCCCAGGCAAAUCCCAACGCCCGGGAGGUGUCUCAAUGUGGGGGCAGGGCAGCGCUGCACCUGGCGGCUCAAGCCAACCUCACCGAGAUCGCAAAUAACCUUCUAGCCAAGGGCGCGAACCCCGUCAUGCGGGAUUCACGAGGGCAAACUCCCCUGCACCUCGCUGCUCUUGAGGGUCAUGCCGACGUGACGCGACUGCUUCUGGGCCAUGGUGGCGAUCCCAACAUGCGG